GUGCGGGCAGCACUAGAACCUUAAACCCAGUAUGGUGCGAAAUGAUCUAUCAACAGCUGAGAGAGAAAAAUCUUCACUGGGCGUGCGGCAUCUACAAAGUAUGCUGAUUUUCUUUGGGUUGUGUACGGUUUUUAUGAUGCGCGCCAAUCUCUCCGUUGCAAUUGUGGCUAUGAUGGAUCGCAAUUCAACAAAUCCAGAUUUUCCGGAGUAUGCCUGGUCGGAGCAAACGAAGUCAUUGCUGCUCAGUAGUUUCUUCUGGGGUUACUGCCUAACGCAAAUACCUGGCGGUCAGCUAUCGCAACGGUUUGGCGGCAAGGUGAUGCUGCUCUUUAGCAUUGGCAUGUCGGGCUUUCUCGCUCUAUUUACCCCGAUCAGCGCGCGUUUGGGCGAUUGGCAACUGAUAUGUGCUCUACGCUUUCUACAGGGUUUCUGUCAAGGCGUCAUUUAUCCCUCCACACAUACGCUGCUGGCCAAAUGGGCGCCACCAGCCGAACGUGGUGUACUCGCUACGCUAUGCUUUUCCGGCUCACAAUUCGGCACGAUUAUUAUGCUAGCCAUCAGCGGCACAUUAGCUGCCUCGGCUUAUGGCUGGCCGAGCAUCUUCUAUAUGUCCGGUUGUUGCGGUGUGCUCUGGGCUUUUGUUUGGCUCAUGUGGGGCGCUGAUUCGCCACGAGCAUCCAAAUUGAUUAGUUCAAUCGAAAGGGACUACAUUGAAUCCGCUUUGGCGGCACUUUCAAAGCGUGAGAGUGAUGCGAUGGCAUCGAAAUCGCCAACGCCUUGGCUGCGCAUUCUCACAUCGGUGCCAUUCUGGGUGCUGCUCAUCGCAUGCUGCGCCUACAAUUGGGGCUAUUGGACGCUGAUGACACAAAUACCUUCGUAUAUGAAGAGCGUACUAGGCAAGGAUAUCAAAAGCAAUGCAUUGCUGUCGGCGUUACCUUACACCGCAAAUUUGCUGCUCGGCUUGGGAUUUUGUGCUUUGGCGCAAGUGCUGGUGUCGAAACAGGUGCUCAGCACCAACGCUAGUCGCAAAAUAUUCAACACGAUCGGUAUGUGGCUACCUAUGGUGGCGGCUGUUGCAUUGGGUUUCGUUGACGCCGAUCAAGCGAAUUUGGCCGUAGUUCUACUGACAAUAGCUGUUGGCGCAAAUUCGGCNNNNUUUUUGGGUUCAUUUGUAAAUCACAUUGAUUUGUCGCCGAAUUUCGCCGGCACUUUGAUGGGCAUAACGAAUUGUGCAGCUAAUGUUAUGAGCGUAAUAGCACCACUUGUUGUUGGUAUUGUUGUUACGGAUGCGACAAACUCAACUCAGUGGCGCUUAGUGUUUAUUAUUAUGGCGCUGUAUUAUUUUGUAGGUAAUUUGCUCUUCAUAACGCUUGGUAGCACGAAAUUGCAAUCAUGGGACCAACCGGUGAAGCGGCGUGUGACGCGUGACCAUAUCAAAUUUCAAGUUGUAGUAAGCGAAAAAGAUCAUAUCUAAUCUGUGCGUGUUUACUUAUGACUUUUGGCAGAACACAAGCGGCACU